AAAAAUUUCUAAAGAGGUGGUGGUGACAGACACUACGACCUAAUUCACACUAUCUAGAUCACAUCUGUUGAUCCAGCUGAAGCUGAAAUUGAGAGAUUUCUCAGGGCAAUUGAAUUGGGUGAUCCAAAACAAAAUGGCAAGUGAAGAAGCGAAGGAUCCAUGGAAAGGAGAAGAGUGGGGGAUUGAGAAUGAGAAUGAGAAGAAGAAGAAACCAAAUGGUGGUGGUGUGAAAACGGUGACGAGAGCGAGAAAACAAAUGCCGAGAGGACUUGAAGAGAAAUACGAAGCUUACUUCCUCCCGAGAAAGCCAUGGCCGAGAGCUCUUGCCUACUACGGAAGUUUCAUCCUUGGUGGGAUCGGUGCUGGUAUGGUUAUUGAAGCUUGGAUCAACAAAAAAGUCAAAGAAGAUGGAGGAGUCAUUUGGGAAUUCGACAAAUAAGAAUGUAAGGAACAGUGAGAGUAUUUGUUUGACUCUCUAUAUAUCAGAAAUGGAUUGAACAAAAACGCAAAAACACAGACGCGUUCCAAAUGUUUUCUGAUUUUUUGCCGUUUGGUUUGUUGUUGUUACGAAACUCUGCGUUUUCUUUUGUAUUAUUGGUUUGGCCAACCAAGCGUGUGUCAGGCAAGUUUGUUUAUAUUGAAAAAAAAAUGCAUUUAAGGUGUU